CAAAUUUCAUCUCUUUCUCGCUCCUACACAAAGUAGUAUCGACCAAGAGAUUGAUUCGCAAGCACGGGUAAAUUCCUCUGCCAAAUUUCGUUUCCGAUUUCCUUGUGUGACCUAACAACGAUGCCUACCAACGCCGGGACAAGUUUGUCUUCUUACAAGCAUAUUGUAGCCAUCGGAACGACGGUGAAAUCCGAGAGCCUUGAAUCUGCCGCAUAUGAGAUUCCGCGGAAGAGAAAGAUGAGAUCGGAUUCAGCGGCGGUGUCUGGUAAUUCAGUCUCUACGCCGAAGAAAUUGAAAUCUCAUCUACCAAGUUCUGUUCCCAAUCCCGGAAUGUCAGAAAAGGAAGUUGUGGAAGAUUCUAAUGAAAUUCUGAGAUAUCCAGUGAAUUUGGCUGUGUCUGAUUGUUUAGGCACUAAAUCUAAGUGGAGUCCUAGAGAUGAAGAGCAAAUGAGAGCUGUGAAAGAGGCAUUGCACGUGUCCAAAGCACCAUCAACAAUUCUUUGCCGUGAGGACGAACAAAUUCGGAUUUUCGAGUUUGUGAAAGGCUGCAUAGAUCAGCAAAAGGCUGGGAGUUUAUACAUAUGUGGUUGUCCUGGAACUGGAAAAUCACUGUCCAUGGAGAAAGUAGUACAACAAGUUGGUGAUUGGUCAACUCAGGCAGGUUUGCCACCAGUGGAUACAUUGUCUGUGAAUUGCACGUCGCUGAGUAAAACAACAGAUAUUUUCAGCAAGAUUCUUGGUGAAAUCAAGCCUGGCAAGAAUGCUAACACCAACUCUUCACCUCUACAACAUCUUCAGAAUUUGUUUUCUCAAAAACAAGAAUCUUCCAGCUCAAGAAUGAUGUUAAUAAUUGCAGAUGAGAUGGAUUACUUAAUCACAAAAGACCGAGGAGUCCUUUAUGAUCUUUUCAUGCUUACAACUUUGCCAUUUUCAAGGUGUAUACUUAUAGGUGUAGCAAAUGCAAUAGACCUUGCAGAUCGUUUCCUUCCAAAAUUGAAGUCCCUUAAUUGCAAACCUAUGGUUAUAACAUUCCGUGCUUAUUCUAAAGAUCAGAUCCUUAGGAUACUACAGGAGAGGCUUAGGGUUCUUUCAUAUGUUGCAUUUCAACCAAAAGCCUUGGAGCUCUGUGCCAGAAAAGUUGCUGCAGCAUCAGGUGACAUGAGAAAGGCACUAUGUGUCUGCAGAAGUGCUCUUGAAAUCUUAGAAAUAGAAACAAGAGGAUCAACUGGUCCAGAAUCACAAGGUCCUACUCCAGAUGAUUCAGUGGUGAGGAUGGAUCAUAUGGCUGCUGCAUUAUCUAAGACUUUUAAAUCUCCUGUAGUUGAGACAAUUCAGUCUCUUCCUCAACACCAACAAAUCAUAAUAUGUGCUGCUGCAAAGGCUUUCAGAGGGAGCAAAAAGGAUGCAACCGUUGGAGAGCUUAAUAAGUUAUAUCUAGAAAUCUGUAAAUCUUGGAUGAUUUCUCCAGCUGGAAUCACAGAGUUCACUAACAUGUGUACAGUGCUAAACGAUCAGGGGAUAUUAAAAGUCGGUCAAGCUCGUAGGGAUAAGCUAAAGAGAGUUAGCCUGAGAGUAGACGAAUCAGACAUCACGUUUGCUCUGCAGGAGAUACGAUUUUUCCGCAACUGUCUACUGUGAGAAAAAAAAACUCCAUUCUUACAAAGGAAAACAUCUGGUGAAAACAAUGGCCAACUAAGUUGUAAGACCAUAGAUAGUAAACUAUGUGGGCCAUCAAUUAAUAUUAUUCGGACAGUUAGUGAAAAUUAGCCUAAUUAGGUAUUCUAAUAACAUUUUUCCCAUUCAUCAUUUAGCAUAUGUAUGUAGGGUCUCGCCAUAUAUUAGUAUACAUUUUUAUCCCCUGGGAGGAUGUGUGUGAGCUGUGAAAGACUGAAAAGAGUUGGUAAAGUAGUGGGUUUAGUUUCUUUUUCCAGUAAAAGUGGUUAGCUUUUUC